CUUUCACUUCAUAUAUCAGAGAAGAAGUCAUCCCCAAAAUGACGGCAGCAAAAAAUGUUAUUUUUCUCGAUGGGCACAGCUCUCAUAUGUUCAAUCUGGAGUUUUUAUCGGAGUGCAUGAAGUCUGACAAAGAUAUUACCGUUGUCAUACUGCCGUCUGGUCAGACCGGGAAGUUGCAACCCAUGGAUCUGAAGGUGUACGGCCCUGUUAAAAAAUAUUGGCGGGAUUAUUUGCGACUGAUGACCCUUAUCGCUGAAGAAGAGGUUAACAAACAAAACUUCGCUCGUCACCUUGUGAAAAAAUGGGAUGAAUUCAACAUGGCCGCCAAUAUUAUUUCUGGGUUUGCUUCUUCCGGAAUUUAUCCUUUCAACCCGGAUGCGGUCUGCCGAGCUUACGUUGUGUGCGGGGUAGUAAGCUAUACACUGGUCUUUGCCGAGUUGAACGGUGAACAGAAAUGUACCAUUUUAAAGCCGGUGUCGAUGGAUACUACUAACCCAUGGAAGGAGUUCAACGUCUCUGCUCCAUCUUAA